AUGAGGUUCCUGCGAUACUCGACGUGGCUCAACACUUUCCAACUCAUCACGCACCUCACCAGAGCUCGAGCCGAACGCCAGAUACCCAUCUCCAUCAAAGCCUCAGCCACUCCAUCCGUGCUCCGGUCAUCUAUGCCGUCUAUCCCUUUCUUUGGCAGCUUCUUUAGUUCCAAUUCCUCCAGCUCCGACAGUAUGACCUACCCUGUACAGAAGUCUGAGGACGAGUGGCGCGCAGUUCUUUCCAAAGAGCAAUUCCGCAUCUUGCGUGAAAAGGGCACAGAGCGGCCCGGCACCGGCGAGUUUGACAAGCACUCGCCCAAGUCGGGAGUCUACACCUGUGCGGGCUGCGACGCCCCGCUGUACAAGGCGAGCCACAAGUUCUCCUCGGGCUGCGGGUGGCCCGCCUACUUUGACAGCAUCCCCGGCGCCGUGACCAGGCACGAGGACCGAUCGCUGGGCAUGACCCGGGUCGAAAUCGUCUGCUCCAACUGCGGCGGUCACCUCGGCCACGUUUUCAAGGGCGAAGGCUACCCGACCCCUACCGACGAAAGGCACUGCGUCAACAGCAUCAGCCUCAAGUUUUCGCCCGAGGACCAGCCUGUGGAUAAGGGCGAGGCCAAGGAGAGCAAGGCUUGA